UUCAAUUCAACCGUUGCAGAGUGAAGAGUGAAGUUGCGUGUUUGUGCGUUCGAAUCUUUGUGCAAACGGUAGAGUGUUUUGUCAAAGGACGCUAUUAUUUGUUUUGUGUGCCCCGAGAAGUGGGAUUUAUUUGUCCAAAUAGGUCCGAAACGCAGCAAAUAAAGAACGGCAAACCACACAGUUUCAACCAUUGCCGCAUUGCGAUGCAACGUGGGAAAAUACAACAGCAUUUUGUGCCGUGUACAGUUCAAAUGGUGAGCAGAAGUUGGAAGUGUUCCUGAUCCGCUAACGAAAGUAAUGAAAAUAGUGCGUUCCAAUAUCACGCGGUAAACUGGGCACGCCAUAAGAGAUUAAAUAAUUGAAGCCCCACAAACCGCCCUUUGCUAUCGAUCAUAAUGAUGGUGGUGUUGUAAUGGAAUACGGAGCAAUCGGAAUCAAUCGAUCGUCAGCAACCGUUGCGAGAGCAUUUCCCAAUGAGCGUUGCUCCUCGAUGACCGUGCUUCCUUCGCAAGACAAACCGCAUCAAUCUCCUCCCAAGAUGUCGCAGCUGGAAACACUGGAAGCGAAGAUGGCCAAUAUCGAGGUUUCCCUCUGUGCCGGUACACCUCGGCGUAGAAAAGGCACUUCACUCGGUGGAUCUUUAUCGGCGCGUUCCUCCCCACGGCCCGAAUCGGCUCCGGGUCGCGAACUACGCACCGCUCUACAAGAUCGCGAAGCAGUAAUUCAAAACUUACGACUGCAACUGGGCCUGGGAAAACUGCCCCGACCCACUGGACCUCCGUUGGAUGAAGCGGAACGUCCGGUCGCGGAGCAGCGAUUGUCGAAGCUGAAGCUAGACUCCGAAACGAAGCGACAUGUGAUCAAGAACCUAAAGACGGCACUCGAAAAACUCGAUGUGACAGAUAACAUCGACGUACGAAUACGACAGGCCGAGUUGGAAUAUGCCCUCGGGAGGGAAGAACUGCAAUUGCUCUCGCUGGUGGAGGAGGCACGUGCCUUGCAGGCACGACUGGACAAACCAAAGCAAGAACCAAAUACUCUGUACGGAAUGCUGCAAUCGGGAGUGAACCUUAACCUGCUGGCCGUCCGUGCCACGACUGGCCGCUGGAAUGCGAGCCCCAGGAACGAACAGCCGGGCUUCUGGGUCGACUGGGUGCUCGAUGGGGAAAGUCUUCAGCGGGGCGAUCGAAUCAUCGAGAUCAAUGGGAAAGCCGUCGGAGGAAGGAAUCGGGAGGAGCUGGCACGUAUCAUCGGCACCCACACGAAGAGCGAGAUGGUGGUGGCUCGUGUCAGAAAGUCUUCCGCUUUGCUGUCCCAACAGCAGCUCCAGCAAUCGCAGGCUGACAACGUUCGGCUGCAGCAUCGCAUCUCGUACUUGGAGGAACAGGUAAAGGAGCUGCUCGCUACGAAGGAAAACGGAGCGAUCCGGCCCGGGUUCGCCAUCAAUGGGGGUGGCGGUGCCCACAUUACCUCUAUCAGCAUCACGUCACCGCCAUCGACACCACCGGAAAGUAAAACGCCCCAGCCGCCACCGCACAUCUACAACUACAUCGACGAGAAGUCGUCGGUGUCGUCACGCAACCAAAGCCCAGGACACGUGACGACGACCACCAUCAUUAAGGAGUGUGACCGAAUCAACGGGGAGCUCACGAACGGUAGCGAUGUGAUGAAGUACAAUCUUAGAAACUCACUCUCAUCGUCCAAAGUCAACAUCAACGGUGGUAGCGACUCGCUGGUGGCUUCGCAGUACUACAGCCGAAAGGAACGCGACAAGCGAGAACGGGAAGCUCGGCGUUUGGAGCGCGAGAAGUAUCUUCUUCAGUUUGGUGCUAAAUUGCAGCGCAGCACCACCGACUUGGAGAGCGAUUCUGAUCGGGGGCGCCUUCAGCACAGCCACAGCCGCAGCCACACCCGCAGCGUGGAGUACUUGAACGGUGAACGGAAGCGCCUGGUAGCUGCCGGAACACUGGAUACGAAUGGACGCCGCGGAACGGAUAUGCGAACGGUGAAGAGUUUGGACUUUGAAAGUGACACUAACGAGCAGUACGCCUCGGAACCGUCGGGUCCGUCGCUGAAAGUGUCCACCGUGAGACCGGCACCACCAAAAAAGCCUCUCCGUUUGUCGCUGCAGCGCGCCCAAAGUUUGCAAACGGUGGACGGGAUCGUGCUGGAAGCGAUGAUGAACGGUCACGACAGAAAGCGAGGCAUGAAACGAUCUCACAAGAGCGGCACCAAAACGGUCGAUCCGGCCACUACUGCUACGACACAGUACAUCGAAAAUAGUGCGCCAAUGCAGACUGCGUCGCUGGGCCGGCAAAAGUACAUUUAACGCAAAGCGCU